AACCCAACUAAUAGACAAUCACCACAGGAGUUGAUAUCAUCACCUGUAGUCUUUAUAACUAGUCCACUAGUUUCUGAGAGGAAACAUUAACAGUAACUAAAUAACCUUCUCAUCAAUGGAUCAUAAAUGGGAAAGAAGUUCUUCUUUAUUUUACUCAGAUCAGAUGUUUUAGAGGUUGGGUCUUUCAAUGAUCAACUCCACCCACAACACUUAAAUCUCGUGUUUUCUCCAGUAUACCGGUCUUUGACUGUCUCAACCUUACUCUUCAUGGGCUCUUAUCUUCAUCACAAACAGUUUUCAUCUGUAUUGUGAGGAUGAAGACCCUUACGCUAGCAUCACUGUGUGUUUUGGUGUUUUUUUCCGACUCUGUGGCGUCCGGUGCCCUUGAUCUUCUGCAGGACACUGCUGCGAGUUGGACGGGGAGAUUGCCGUGUGGUGGAUGGGAUUGUGAAUGUGCAUUCAAAGGACAGCAGGGUUGCUGUUGUGCUGCAAAGCCACUGUUUGAUUUGGAGGAGUUCACCUUCAUGCGUAUGGUUGGCUUGUGGGAUGGACUUUCUCGCCUUAACAGGCAAAUACAUGAAGUGACAGCUGGAUGUAAAAUAGCCUUCACUGCUACUAUUCUGCCGAUGACUGGAUGUCUUGGGCCUUUCACAAGCAACGUGUCCGUCUCUUACCAGUCUGUGUCACUCAAUCAAGGCAAUGGAUACAAUCCUGCACUGGGUAUCUUCACAGCUCCGCACACCGGUCUCUACUCUUUCUCCUUCACCGCCUAUUCCAGAGUGGGUGAUACAGAUCGACUUUACCAGAAGAUGCAGUUGGUAAAGAACGGUCAGGUGAUCGCUUCAUCCUGGGAAGAUAACCGUGAGGAUUCAGAAGACAGCAGUAGUCAGACUGUACUUCUCAAGGUUCAGCGUGGCUCUCAGGUUUAUGUCGAGCUGCUCUCAGGCAGACAGCUGUGUGGAGAUACACAGGGCAGCAAUGCUUUCAGUGGAUAUCUCAUCUAUCCAUUCACUGAGGAAUAAGAGAAAAACCUUUUGUAAUACAUAUAAUGCUUUAUUAAUACAGUACAAAUCACACUUACGACAGCGGUUAUGUAACAGGAUGCUUGUUUUCUUUUGAGUAGACAUUCUUUAAUAUAAACUGAUGUGCAAAUAAAUCUGUACAAAUGUAAAUCUGAAAUCUGAAUGUAAAACCUUUACAAAAAUGACUGAAAUCAUCAUGAUAAUGUGUACCACCCUACUCAAAAAUCCAGCAAAGACCAGCAUAAGCUGGUUUUAGCUGGUUUAGGGUAGUUGGUCUAAGCUGCUCCUCCCAGCUUGGCAAAGCUGGUCAAGGUGGCGGGUCAGCUGGUCUUCCAACCUGACCAGCUAAAACCAAGCUGGGAGGCCAGCUUAAACCAGCUUAUGCUGGUCUUAGCUGGAUUUUUCAGUAGGGCUUUGAAGUUCUUGAAUGAAAGUUUUCUUGAAACUUCUCUGUAUGACUUUUGCCUCUUAAGUGGAUUUCAUUGUCUUGUCAUGUUUAUAUAUUGAGAGCAUGAACGUGUGGACAUACAUUAAACAUUACAAGGGGCUCCAUCUGUCAUGAAGCCGUGAAUCUUGAACCCUCGCUCAUCUGCUCCUGUUACCUCUGUGUCCUCAGGCCAGCCAAGGGUUUCACUAAAUAAAGAGUAUCAGAUCUUCUGAGGUGGUCCUAGAGGUCUACAUGAGCUACAGUGCUGUACCUGACCAGAAACUGAAACACCAGUAAACACCAGUAUGGAAAUAUGUAA